AUGAGCUUUCAUCGUCGGACUUUUUCAUACGACAAGCUUCCUGCCGAACCCAUUAGACUCUCCGUUCUCAAGCUAGAUGGCUCUUCCUUCGAUGUUGACGUAACGUGCUCGGCGACCGUUAAGGAUCUUAAGCAUGCCAUAGAGACUGCCUUCAGCCACGUCCCCAAGAAAGGACCCUCCAAGAUCUCAUGGCCACACGUGUGGGGGCAUUUCUGCUUGUGUUUUGAGGGGCAGAAGCUGGUUACCGAUACGGAGUGCAUCGGAAGUUAUGGGAUGAAGGACGGUGAUGAGGUAAGGUUCAAGAACCAUGUGUCUGGCAAUGCCGUAUUGAACAAGGGAUAUUCUAGAAAAUCCAAACAAAAGAACUCAGAAAGGGUAGGGCCAAAGGAUGAAGAUGAGGAAGUCAAUAGGAUGGAGGAGAUUGAUCAGGGUUCUUGGGAUGAUCUCGAGAAAGGAAGCGUAGUUAGGUACAGAGACGAUGGCUUAGAAACUUCUCUAGGGGAACACAGGACUUGUCCCAAUGCUCUCAGAGGUUGCUGCUUUGCUUUUGGUUUGAAAGAGCUUUUUGGGUUUGGCAAUAAUGAUACAAGCUAUUACUCUUUGAGAGAUACUUGGAGAGACGAUUGA